UACGAGUCGUAACUGGAAAUCACAGAAAUAACUAGGGAUAUACAUGAUAUAAUUUUAAACAAAUUACUGGAGAUACUGUGCGCUUCAUUUAAUUAAACUAUUUUUGAAGAAUAAUUAUUCGCGUGACACUUCAACCACAGCUUUUUCAUUGUAUUUUUUAUUAGAUAUAUCCAUGUAUAAAUACAUCGUCUUUAAUGAAGGAGUUGAUGACCACUUAGCCGUUCAUGUGUUCUAACUUUUGAUCAAAAUAUUGGGAUGCUGCAGUUAUUCUAAUGUCUACACUUGUGAUGACUUUGGGAUCACUUGGAUUGAGGAUCACAUAGUUUAUUUUACUUCAAAAAGAUUUUUACCCCCAACCAAGGACAGCAACGUAGUGACCGGAGUCACAAAAUAUGGUCCACUGUGCUGGAUGCGAGAGGCCUAUUCUGGACAGAUUUUUGCUCAGCGUAUUGGAUAGAGCAUGGCAUGCCAAAUGCGUGCAAUGUUGUGAUUGUAAAUGCAAUUUAACAGAUCGAUGCUUUUCAAGAGAAGGACGACUCUACUGCAAAAAUGACUUUUUCAGACGUUAUGGCACUAAAUGUGGAGGCUGCUCGCAAGGAAUCUCCCCCAGUGAUUUAGUUCGGAAAGCGCGAAGCAAAGUCUUUCACCUGAACUGUUUCACCUGUAUCAUGUGCAAUAAACAGCUUUCCACCGGAGAAGAAUUAUAUAUUAUUGAUGAAUAUAAAUUUGUCUGCAAGGAAGAUUACGUGAAUAACAGCAACGGAAAAGACACAAACCUUUUGUCAAUUACUACGUGCAGUGAUCCGAGUUUAUCCCCAGAAUCUCAGGAUCCACAUGAUGAUUUUAAAGACUCUGAGACUGGACACCUGUCAGACAAGGAGACCUGCAACAACGAAAACGACGAGCAAAAUCUUGGUGGUAAACGUCGUGGACCGCGAACCACUAUCAAAGCCAAACAACUCGAGACAUUAAAAUCUGCUUUUGCAGCCACCCCCAAACCCACCAGACACAUACGAGAACAGCUGGCACAGGAGACAGGCCUAAAUAUGCGAGUAAUACAGGUGUGGUUUCAGAAUCGGCGCUCUAAAGAGAGGCGCAUGAAGCAGCUGAGCGCGCUGGGCGCAAGGAGACACAUGUUCUUCCGCAGCCCGAGGAGAAUGAGAACGCUCGGGGAUCGACUCGAAUCAGCAGAGCUUAUGGCCAACGGACAAUACUCUUAUUAUGGUGACUAUCAAGGUGAGUACUAUGGCCCGGGGUCUAAUUAUGACUACUUCCCUCAGGGUCCACCACAUUGCCAAGCCCAAACUCCAGGUGAUAUAGGGUUCAUGCCCUCCUCUGGCCCAUCAGGAACCCCUCUAGGGAGUAUAGACCACCACCAUGCAGCACACCACCCCUCCAAUGAGGCACAAUGCUUUAGUGAGAUGUUAUCGCACCACCCAGGGGACUCUCCCAGUCCAGAGCCCAGCGCACCCACCUCCAUCCACAGUAUUUCAAAUGACUUGUGUGACUCUACCCCGCCCUACACAUCCCUGAACUCUCUCAGUGGCAACGGAUACAGCAAUCAACUGUCGAUUCCCUCAUCAGAGAUGAAUGAGGGGACGGUUUGGUAGCUUUUGCACAACCCAGACUGUUUUGGGAUCCAAACGUGUACUAUAUUUGUGUGUGGUUUUUAUAGAAAAGAUUUUAGUUAAUUUAUCAAUGUAAUUAUAUAUUUAUUUGUUAAGUUGCUUAUUUAUUUAUUUAUUUAUUUAAGCAGCAUCUGUGUACUUGAAAUGUCAAAUGGAAUGUCAAAUAUCGGUCUAUAGAUCUUAUAGCAGUGCUUAAGAUUGUCCACAGAAUAUAGCUAAAGGUAUUGACAGUUUAAGAAAAGCUGAUGCAAAAGGUCUUUAUUUACACCUGGUGUGUCUGUUCAUGCUGGUUUAUAUAAUAUAACAUCAAACUCUUUGCCUUUUAAGGCUUUGCCAUAAUGUCACGUGAUAUCAUUUUACAUCAAAAUCUUUAUCAGCUUGUGCAGUUAUGCUUCUCUUAAGUUUUACUAAGUUUUGAAAGAAAUCUCAUAAUGUUUGCAUUUAAAGGGGAAAUUUAAAAUGUGAGAUACGACUUGAAUUAUAAAACAAAGUCUACCUUCUAAAAUGGAUUUCAUAUAAUCAGUGGACAGAGAGUAGUCAAUUGUUUACAUAUAUUGUCUUCAGGGGUUUGAAUAUUAACAACUUAAUGAAGAAAAAAACCUCUUAUAACUGAUGGAUGAACUUUUUUUAAACAAGUAACCAAACUUUUGUAUUGAAUUUAUAUAUUUUAGUUGGUAUUCACUAUUCUAGUUUGUACAUUAUAUUGUGUUUGCACAAAAAAUACACAAAACAAAACAAAUAUAUGUUGACAAAUUAAGCACAAACAUAAAUUGUCAUUUUUUUAACACUACUUCGGUAGUGAAAUUACUGAACUACUGAUAAGCUAGGCCAUAUAUUGUGGAUUUUGUUGUCGUUGAAAAUACCUGAGUUAAUUGACAUUGAUCUUAACUUACAUUUUUUGCUAAAAAUUCAAUCACUGCAGCCUUCAAUAUUUUGGUCUGGAGUACAACCAUGCACAUUUAAAGAUAUCUGCUUUAGUGAUUGAAUAUGAAAAAAUGUAAAAUAUCAUUUUCAUGGUUACAUAAACAUGGUUAUGUAAAUGAACAACACU